AUUGAGCGGAAUCGGCCAGUCACGAAAUAGCAUUGCUACAGGCAGCGCGCGAUCACUGUUUGCGGAAUAGCGCCGUGUUUUUUCUAUAGCGUAAAUCGAGUCAGCGAGUUUCCAGUCAUACAGUAUCGUUGUGUUGUGAUAAAAUAUAGUAAAUAGGUGGCUGUGCUAAAAAAUAGGAUAAUGUCUACAGCAAUAAUGUCCCAGAAUGCCAUGUACGAGUUUGGAGAAAAUUUGAUGAAGAGUGGUGUAAAUACCGACGGACCGUUGGCCGUGGGCUCAUCGAUGCGCCUCACGCUGACCAGAAUGACCUCGACUCCCAUCACCGCCAAUCAGAACCUCGCCAUGAUCCUGGGCAACCUGACGCAGCAGCACCGCAAACUAGAACGCACCCAGUCUGCCCCCGCCCCCGGCAUGCUCCCAUCCGCCCCCCAGGCCGCCCUCAGCGCCACCACCGUCAACACUUCCCGCUACAAGACCGAGCUGUGUCGACCGUUCGAAGAGUUCGGCGUGUGCAAGUAUGGCGACAAGUGCCAGUUCGCGCACGGCAUGCCCGAGCUGCGCAGCCUGGCCCGCCAUCCCAAGUACAAAACCGAGCUGUGCAGAACCUAUCACACGGUGGGAUUCUGCCCUUACGGACCGCGCUGUCAUUUCGUCCACAACCAAGAGGAGGCGAUGCAGCAGAAAGGUCCUUCGCAGUCCUCCAGCGCUGUUAUGGCUGCGCAGAGGCCACGUCCGUCAGCUCUCAGUCCUGCGCUGUCGCUGGAUAGUCCCAGUCCACCGUGCAGUUUGAGCCAGUCCCCCACCUCAUCCCUGGGUUCGUUUUUUAGCAGCGAGCCCGAACUACCUUCCCCUGGACCUUUGGACGAGCAACGUUUGCCCGUUUUCAACAGGCUCUCCACAACCCCUUUGCUCACGUUGAACGACCUCAUCAUGUAGUGAGCGGUCUUUCUACGCUAAAUAUUUAUGUUUAUAGACACUUUUUCCUCAAGACAGUUUAUUUAAUUCAGUGUUUUUUUUUUAUUUAUAUUACAGAUAAUUCUCGCCGAUGGCGGAGUGAUUUUGCUAAUGUGUGAUUUUAAAAUAAUAAUAAAUUUAUUAAUUAAUAAUUAAGAAGCGUGUUUUAUACGAAUGUUGAUUUAUUUGUCAGUGCAAGUUUAGGUUUAGUUUCAGUCAUCGGUCUUGAUUUCUUUAACAUUCCGUGAUUGAAGUUUUAUUUAUUAUUAUUUUCACCUUCUCAUUUUGUUUAUAUGUGUGCCUUGUAGACCGAUGAGAGAAUACGAUUUUUUUUGUUAUUUAAAUCAUUAUUUAAUUUGUGUGUUUCUUUUUUCCAUAAGUUUAUGUUAUGUAACUAUUUUAUUAUAAUUUAUAUGUAACUUAUUAUUUAUACAUUUUUGCAAUAUUUAGUUAGGAUUCGACGAUGUGCCUUAAAUGGUCACAUAAAUCAGCUGCCCUCAAUGGGUCUGCAAUACCUGUAUAAUAUUUAUAUUUUGUAGCUAAUGUAUUUCUAUAUCAAUAAAUUAUAUUUUGUUCUGUAA